AUGGCAGACACAAUCGACCAAAAGCCUGCUCCGUCUGACGAGUACGCUGCGACUGGCGAGGAGGAUGUCGCGUUUGAACCAGACUGGACGACAGAGGAGGAGAAGAAAGCAAAGCGGAAGCUAGACUUCAUCAUCAUGCCUAUCCUUACCCUAGGCUUCUUCUGCUUGCAACUCGAUCGAGGCAACAUCGCCAACGCCAUCACCGACGAUUUCCAAGAAGAUGUCGGCAUCACUCAAAACCAAUUCAACGUCGGCCAGCAAAUGCUCUCUCUCGGAAUCGUCCUCUUCGAAAUCCCCUCCAACAUGAUCCUAUACCGAGUCGGACCUGGCAAAUGGCUGACCCUUCAACUCUUCUUCUUCGGUAUCGUCAGCACAUUCCAAGCUUUUCAGAACAACUACGCAUCAUUCAUCGCCACGAGAUUUCUCCUUGGUAUCACCGAGUCGGGAUUCAUUCCAGGAGGUCUCUGGACCUUAUCGACAUGGUACACCAAGGCAGAAACAGCGAAGCGUGUCAUGAUCUUUUACUUCGGAAAUCAACUUGGACAGGCGUCUGCUAAAUUGCUCGCUUAUGGCAUUCUUCAUAUGCGUGGAGUGGGUGACAAGGCUGGAUGGUUCUGGCUGUUCGUUCUCAUGGGCAGCUUCACGAUUCUCAGUGGCUUCGUGUUUGGAUUCUUGCUUCCAGACUCCUUCAAGAACCCGCACAGCACAUUUUUGCCCAAAGCCAACAUCUUUACUGAACGCGAGAUUUACAUUUUGAACACUCGAGUGCUCCGUGACGAGCCGGCAAAAGGUCAAAAGAAGAAGAAGAUCGGUCUGGCAGCGUUCAAGAAAGCCUUCUCCAACUGGCGCAUGUGGUGCCAUUUCCUCAUUACAAUGUGCAACAACGGUCCCCAACGCGGUUUCGACACCUACGCUCCCUCGCUCGUCAAAGAAUUCGGUUUCGGCAGCCUCACAUCCAACGCCUUGGCAUCAGUCGGUCUCUUCAUCCAAGUGCCCAUGUCCUUCGCCUUUAGCUACGUCUCGGACCGUUUCGACAAGCGCGGCGAAACCGUCAUCACAGGCCUCAGCAUGACGGUCCUCGCCUACGUUUUCAAUCGCAGCUUUACAGAAGUCAAUAGUCGGGGUGUGAGGUAUUUCGGUGUAGUCUGGACUCAGACGUUUGGAACGUUCUCGCAUCCGCUUAAUAUUACUUGGAUGUCUUUGACCUGUACUGAUUCCGAGGAACGGGCUCUGGCGAUGGCGCUUGUGAUUAUGGGUGCUAAUAUUGCCGGGAUUUGGGGAGCUCAGCUCUAUCGGUCUGAUGAUAAGCCUCGAUACCGGAGGGCUUUCUCCAUCUGUAUUGGCGUUCUUGCUCUUGGCGUGCUUCUUGCUGUCAUUCGAAGGAUUGAUGAGCAUUUCCGCAAGCGCAAGGGUGUGCAAAGAGUUGAGAUGGAUAGCGCUAGCGAUGCCGAAGUGUAUCAGGACUUGAAGGCAUUGCCAAGUGACGUGCAACCGCAGCCGGCUUUGAUUGGGCAUGAUUUGAAGCCUGUGGUAUCGCAUACUGUCAGUUGA